AUGCCCAUACCUGAACCCGGCGGAUCCGCAUAUGGUACAUUCGACAACAUGCGACAAGAUACUGAGGACCAGGGGGAACGCCUCCUUCCCGAGGAGGCUUAUGAGUGCGACGAUGGUAGUAGCGCGAUAACGUCGGUGGAUUCGGUACAGGAAGGUGUUAGGAAGAUUGAAGCAAUCAAUCUUACAUGGACAACGAAGUCUUUAGUGAUCGCCUAUGUUAGCAUCUUUCUCAUGGCAUUCUGUACCUCUUUGGAAGGUCAAACCAUCAUGUCACUCUCCGCUUAUGCGACGAGUGCAUUUAGUAAACAUUCUUUGAUUUCUACGGUCCUUGUGGUCCAGAAUGUCGUUAACGCUGUUAUUAAACCCCCGAUGGCCAAAAUAGCUGAUGUAUUUGGUCGCUUCGAAGCUUUUUGUGUUUGCAUUCUGAUUUACGUCCUCGGAUAUAUCCAAAUGGCCGCGUCAACGAAUGUCCAGACAUACGCUUCUGCCCAGAUCUUUUACUCUGCUGGCUCUACGGGCUUGCAAAUUCUUCAACAGGUGUUCAUCGCAGAUAGUAGUAGCCUCCUCAACAGGGCGCUUCUUGCCCUCCUUCCCGAGUUACCGUUCCUUGUUACGGUUUGGAUAGGUCCCACGAUUGCCGACGCAGUGCUCCACCACAGCUCAUGGCGCUGGGGCUACGGGAUGUGGUCGAUUAUUUUGCCCGCUUCGUUUCUUCCGCUCGCUCUCUCGUUGCUACUUAAUCAACGCAAGGCUAAGCGUCUGAAUUUGAUAAAGGAGCGGCCGACUCACCGACGCGGAUUUUUAGCCAUCCUCCGUCGCUCUUGGUACGAUCUCGAUGUGUUCGGCUUGACCCUGCUCUCCGCAGCGGUCACAUUGAUCCUAGUUCCUCUCACGCUUGCAGCAAAUUCCAAGAAUGGGUGGAAAAGCAGUAGCAUAAUUGCGAUGAUCGUCAUCGGAAUUGUUUGCCUUUUCCUUUUACCCCUAUGGGAAACCUCGAAAAAGCUCGCCCCGAAGCCUCUUCUGUCCCUCCAUCUCCUCAAGCAACGUACAGCACUUGCUGGAUGCUGCCUGGCGUUCUUCUACUUUAUGGCCUUUUACUUUUCGGUCCAACCAUACCUCUACUCUUACCUGCAGGUUGUGCAAAACUACGACGUCGCUACGGCUGGCCGUAUCACUCAAACGUUCGCAUUUACGUCAACUAUCGCUGCAUUUGGUGUUUCGAUCUUGAUCAAGUACACCUGUCGGUACCGGAUCUAUGUGACGGUCGGCUGCGUAAUCUAUACGCUCGGCUUGCUGUUGAUGUUGCUGUACCGCACAGAAGGUAGUUCAAUGGUGCAGGUUUUAGGGACACAGGUCAUUGUGGGCAUGGGCGGCGGGCUCCUCAAUGUCCCCGUUCAGCUGGGCGUUCAAGCAUCGGCCAGCCACCAGGAAGUCGCUGCGGCAACCGCCAUGUUUCUCACAGCCAUGGAGAUGGGUGGUGCCGUAGGCGCCGCGAUUUCUGGGGCUGUCUGGAGCCACAACAUCCCACGGAAACUUGAACUUUACCUUCCUGACGGGCACAAGUCUGAAGCUCAGGAAAUUUUUGGAAAGCUAACCAAAGCGCUGUCUUAUGACAUGGGCACGCCAGUCAGGAUUGCCAUCAACCGAUCGUACCAGGAGACGAUGAACAAGUUACUGGUCUUGGCUCUAGUCGCUACCGUUCCGCUAAUUCCCUUGAGUCUUCUCAUGUCCAACUAUAAGCUAGAUAAGAUGAGCGAAUCGCCGAAUUAUGCACCGCUCCCAGUAGAUGAUGAGACCGACCCUACAGAUCAGUCGAAGUGA